UAAUUUAAGAAACAAUAAAAAUGCAAGAAUAAACGUUUGGUAUUUAACUUGGUUUUGACUUUAGUAUAAAAGCAGCAGGUUCAUCCUGUAUUUAGUAAGUAAGCUAGGUCGAGGCACCAAAGACAUCAAGUAUGAAUGCUUUUAUUACAGUUAUAGUUUUCGCCGCCAUUUUGAGUGUGGGACACGCCUUUCCGUCAGAAUGGGACAACGAAAUGGGGAAUUGGAAUGGAAACAAUUAUGGACGUAACUACGGUAACCGGAAUUGGGGCAAUAAUUUCCAAAAUAAUGAAUAUUUUAACGGAUGCGGCAGACGAGAAUCAGACUUUGGACGCGACACGUGGUACUUCUUGCACACAAUGGCUGCAAAUUAUCCAGAAAAUCCAAGUCCUGACCAACAAGAAAAUAUGAUGGACAUGAUGAGAAUAUUCGCUCAGUUUUAUCCACGUCCAAAUAACUACUUCAGAAGGAGUAUGAUGCAGUACCCACCAGACACAAGUAACAGGGAAAGUUUUUCACAGUGGAUGUGUAUGUUACAUAACAAUGUCAACCAGCAGACCGGCAAUGAGGAGUUUGACUGUAAUCAAGUGAACGACAUGUGGACAUAUGAAUGUUACUCUGGAGAAGAUUGCGAUCCUAGUAGAAGGAAUUUCAACGAAGCAACAUGGAAUUUCAUGCAUACUUACGCUUACACAUACCCCGAGAAUCCGUCUCCAAUGCAACAAGAGGACAUGAGACAAUUCAUGUACCAGAUUGCUGAGUUUAACCCAUCUAAUUAUUAUUAUUAUAUGUCCAGCCUGUUUUACAAUAAGCCGGAUACAAGUAACCGUGAAAGUUUCAUGAACUGGAUGUGUAUGACACACAACUAUGUGAACGCCAGGAUGGGUAAACCCGAAUUCAAUUGUGAAGAAGUGUGGGACGAAUGGAGCUACAACGGCUGUGAUAACUAAAACAAGAACUUUACUGUGAUGUCAUUUAUAAUGAACUCAAACAAUGUAAAAAAUAAAUUUAUCUUUUCCUUCAGCAUCA